AAAUUCGAUCGCAAUGUAAGAGUACUCGAAGCAGGAAUCACCUGCAUUUCGCUUCAAAACUUUUUCCAUGUACUUCUCUUCUUUAGAUGCGAAAACCACCGGCAUCUAGUUUCAGAGUCCUUAACGUACACCCCAUCAUCUCUUGAGAUCCUUAACGUACGCCCCCUUCUGAUGAAUAACUGCCAAGCCCCUAGAGUUCAAUACGUCUUACAUUCGUGACCUCGCUGCAUUUGUGAAUUAAAGCCAUUGCGAUCUUUGGCAAUUUUUAAAUUAUGAAGAUUUCUUACUGGGUUUUGGUCACUUUGCUUGUUCUCUCCUUGUCUGCAUAUGGGUCUCUCUCAAUUGACAGUUCUCACCAGGCUUUUCCUAUCAUCGAACCUGAUCCUGGUCAUACAAAGCUUCGACUAGCAAGUGAUGGCUUGGAAGCCAUUAGAAGAAUUACAACACCAAUAGCAGCCGUCGCGGUGAUUGGACCAUACCGCUCUGGAAAAUCGUUUUUGCUUAAUCAGCUUCUUUCGCUUUCUUGUUAUGAAGGUUUUGGAGUUGGGCAUAUGCGUGACACAAAGACAAAAGGGAUUUGGGUUUGGGGAACCCCAGUAGAAUUGGAUAUUAAUGGAGUUAAAACUUCUGUGUUUUACCUUGAUACGGAGGGAUUUGAAAGUGUUGGAAAGUCAAAUGUUUAUGAUGACCGAAUUUUUGCUCUGGCAACUGUUAUGAGUUCUGUGCUUAUAUACAAUCUGCCUGAGACGAUCCGAGAAGCUGACAUAUCCCGCCUGUCAUUUGCAGUCGAGCUUGCUGAGGAAUUUUAUGGAAGAGUAAAGGGCCAAGAUGUUGCUUUUGAACCAGCAAAGCUACUGUGGCUUAUCCAGCGUGAUUUUCUACAAGGGAAAUCAGUGCAACAAAUGGUGAAUGAAGCCCUUCAACGUGUCCCUAACAAGGAUGGUGCUGUUCUGAUUGCAGGGGACAGGAAUAUCGAUCAGGUUAACCAGAUUCGAGAGUCACUCGCUAUUAUGGGUGAUAACAGCACAGCAUUUAGCUUGCCACAACCUCAUCUCCAGCGAACAAAACUUUGCGACAUGAAGGAUGGUGAGCUUGAUUCAGUAUAUGUUCAAAGAAGGGAGCAGUUGAAGGAAGUUGUUGCUAGCAUUAUUCGACCAAAGAUUGUGCAAGGCAAAACUUUGAAUGGAGAAGAGUUUGUAGCUUUCUUGGAGCAGAUACUUGAAGCCUUGAAUAAGGGGGAGAUUCCUUCAACAGGCUCUCUUGUGGAGGUUUUCAACAAGGGUAUACUGGAGCGCUGUUUGAAGCUGUAUGGUGAAUCAAUGGCAAAAUUAGGUUUACCACUUCCAGAGCAAUCUCUGCAAGAUGCCCAUGAAAGGUCUAGAGAGGAAGCAAUGAAAGCUUUUGAUGAGCAGCAUUUUGGCCGUCAUCACGCAAAGAGAUCUGUCAUGCAACUGGAUGAAGAAAUAGAGAAGGUUCAUAAAAAUAUCAUAUUGGCGAAUGAAUAUAAAUCAGCUAAACUCUGUGAAGCGUUGUAUACGAGAUGUGAGGACAGAAUGGACCAGCUUCAAGUUCUCAGACUUCCUUCCAUGGCAAAGUUUAAUGCUGGCUUUCUGCAAUGCAACCGAAGUUUUGAGCUGGAGUGUGUUGGACCUUCAAAAGCAAAUUAUGAACAACGCAUGGUGAAGAUGAUGGGGAAGUCAAAGUCUCUUUUUAUAAAGGAGUAUAACCAUAGGCUCUUCAAUUGGUUGGUCGCUUUCUCUCUCGUCAUGGUGGUAGUAGGCCGGUUUAUAAUAAAGUUCAUUUUGAUAGAAAUUGGAGCAUGGAUACUUUUUAUCUUCUUGGAGACGUACACAAGGAUGUUUUGGUCUGCAGAAUCUCUCUAUUACAAUCCAGUUUGGCAUUUUAUUGUAGCAACUUGGGAAACUCUUGUUUACAGCCCUAUCCUUGAUUUGGACAGAUGGGCAGUUCCGAUUGGUUUUGUGGCAGCAGUGUUGGUAAUUUAUUGGCGUUGCUAUGGCAGAAGGAAGCAUGGGUCGCAGUGGCUGUUACCACUAUACAGCAAUCAGAAAGGUGGUCCGAAUAGGCCAAGAUCUGACUGAAUAUUGCUUUACGGACUGGCAUACCUUCAAUCGUCCUGGGUGAGCUUUCCCUUUUUUUAAUACAUAAAGCCCCCAUUCUUUUGGUUGCUCCAUCCAUGCAAGACAUUUCGAUCGCAUAAAUGGAGAAGAGGAGAAGGAGGAGAUGAUAUGCCCGCCGCUGCUGAUAUCAUUUGUAACUUUAGCAUUUUCUGAUUAUUGUUUAUAAUCAAAUGUCAUCGGUUGAUUGAUUUCAUUAGAAAAUGUCAAUCAUUGUUCACAGGUUUAGAUUUUAUAUAAAGAUGUUGACAAGUACAGGUUUUUUUACUUUAAAUUACAGUUAUUUAUUCAAUUAUGUCUUAGCAUGUCUAACUGUACAGCCAUUAUUAUAUAAUUAACCUUUUCUUUC